AUGGGAACCCAUGCUGAUCUGAAGGAGAAGGUCUCCGCAGAGUCUCCCAGCACCACUGAUCAAAAUGGCAGCCAUACAAUCUCUGUCUCUCCAUCGGACGACAAAGCCCCAGAGCCCACCUUCGAUACCGGUCUCAUAUCAUGGAUCCAAGUGAUAGGUUCUUGGUUCUUGUUCUUCAACUCAUGGGGAGUAAUCAACACUUGGGGCGCGUUUCAGACAUAUUACGAAGAGAAUACAUUGAAGCACAUGUCCUCCUCCUCGAUUGCCUGGAUUGGAUCGCUGCAAGCUUUCCUCCUCAUGCUAUUCGGCGUGGUGACAGGCCCUCUCUUUGACGCAGGAUACUUUCGUGCGCUCCUAGGGUUCGGAACCAUCAUGCUGCCCUUCAGUCUUAUGAUGGUUAGUCUGUCUACCAAGUUCUGGCAAUUGAUCUUGUGCCAAGGUAUCCUACUCGGUCUUUCCGCUGGAUGCCUGUUCGUUCCGUCUGUCGCCAUUCUACCCCAAUACUUCAAGCAGAAGCGAGGAUUGGCGAACGGACUGGCCGCCUCGGGGAGCAGCAUUGGCGGCGUGAUUUACCCCAUCAUGUUCGACCAGCUGCAACGGCGGGCUGGCUUCGCAUGGGCUACUCGAGCCGUGGGAUUUCUCUCCUUUGGGACCUGCUGCAUCUCGUUCUGUAUCAUGCGCAUGCGAUUUCCUCCGAAGGAUAAGCGCAAGCUCGUGCAGCUGUCUGCGUUCAAGGAGCCAGUCUUCACCAUGUUCUGCGUCGGAAUGUUCCUAGGCUUCCUGGGAUUCUACAACUUCCUCUUCUACAUCCAGUCGUAUGCCAUCGACACCAAAAUCGUCGACGCCAAUCUGGGCUUUUACCUGCUUUCCAUGCUGAACGCGGGCUCGACCUUCGGUCGAAUUUGCCCCAACUUCAUCGCCGACCACAUUGGACCGAUGAACGUGCUUCUGCCUGCUGCAACGGCAACUGCCAUCCUGGCCUUUGCGUGGAUUGGUGUUCACAACGUCCCCGGCAUCAUCGUUCUGUCCGUCUUGUACGGUCUCUGCUCCGGCGGCUUUGUCUCUCUUCCUCCGGUGGUGAUGGCUUCCAUAACCAAAGACAUCCGUGACCUGGGAACUCGUCUGGGUAUGCUCUUCGCUGUGACUUCAGUCGGUCUGUUGAUUGGCACCCCCAUCGGCGGCGCAAUCCUCAGCAACACCGGGGAAUAUCUGGGCGUGCAGCUCUUCACUGGGUGCUGCCUCAUCACCUCCUCUGCUAUCUUCGCGGCCCUGCGGUAUACUCGCACUGGUCCUCAUUUACUGGUGCGGGCUUAA